CGCGGAGUUUUGAGUGUGUCGGUUGUGCCAUAGCGGAAUAACGAAGAAAGCAGCUCCACACAAAAUUGAAUAAAACCAAACAAUAAAAGAAACGCUAAAGUGGAGGGAGAUGAUUAAGUGAAAAUAACAGGCUCAGUGAUAACUGAUACAAAAGGAAAAACAGUUGAAAAUCAGACGUCUUUGACUUUGCAGAAGGCAAAUAGAAAGUGCGAGUCAUGAUUUGAGUUUCAGGAAAAGGAGUUGCAAAUGCGAAAACAACAAUGAAAUGCUGGCACAAUGUGGUGAGGCGCAGAAAGAAGAAGCCGACGGCAGCGGCGGCGGCGGAGGGAUCAAAGGAGGCGCAUGGAGGCGUGGCUGCUCCUCGAGAUAGAGAUGCCAUCUGCCAGCGGCAGCAACAAGUGGACACCUACACUUGGCUAACAACACAAGCUGUCCCUCUGCUGUGGCUGCACUUGUUGCUUCUCGUCGCAUUUGCAAAACAUGCGGCUGCAGCCACAACAAUUGCCACAAAUCCCGAGGCCACCACAACAACGGUGAGCAACUACACGGUGACGACCACGUCACUAUCCUCAUCCACGACAACCACUUCAACGGGAUCGGCUCCAGCUUCGUCAUCUGCGGCGGAUAAGUUCGCCGGCAACUGGGCCAUCUUGGAGGAUUCGUUCCGGAAUAUCGUGCGGAUCGGCGAUGGCAACACGGUGACACGGACGUCCAUUGAACAAUCGCUGGUGACGAUACACGACAUUGCCACGGAGAACUUGGGGACAUUGUGCAUCUCGACCCUAUAUCGCCCCCUACAAGUGCCCAUCAACUCGGAACGAUAUGAGAGCUCCAGACAGAAAACCGAUUUGGCCGCCUCGAUACUCCAGGAAGUGGGCAUCAUUCGGCACGGCGGACUGUCGGAUGCUUUAGCCAAAGGCCUGCUAACCGAUGACUUUAUAACCGGUGCCCGCAUUUUGGCCCUGAAUCUGACGAAUGGAGCGGUCCAGUCCUACGUCUGGUGGGUCAAGGGGGCAGCGGCGGAAAUCCAGCGGUACGACGAAGACGGACUGCAGAUUGGCAAAAAACCCGCUGGCAGUUAUCCCUGGUUCGACGAUGAGACCUCCUCACCCACCUUGCGUUCGCCCAAAUUCGCGCCCAGUCCGCCAAACAACUACUACAAGGGCUGGUGGACCUAUCCCUACUUCUCGUGCUCCCAGAGCCGCUGGCUGGUGUCCUACAGCAUCGCCAUUCCGCCGAUUGGGCGCCACGGGCUAAGGGGCUUCAUUAGCAUCGACAUUGACGUGUCCACGCUGCGGGUUAACCAAUGCGAGGCGGAGCCCUAUCCAUUUGGCAGUCGCCGCCAGAAAAUGCAGCAACUGCAGACGCACAAUCGCUUGGGGGCACGGAGAACCUCGUUAUUGGGCAGCAGAAUGGGGGCCAUCGAUGAGAGCACCAUCAACGAUCUGCAGGCAUUCCACAGCUCCCACAAGUGUCAUCGCACCUCCAUGGUGUGCGAUUACCGUCAGCCAAGUGCGGAGACUCCUACCGUAACUGGAGGCAAACUGCUGACCACGCUGACCGGAAGCAGCAGCUGGACCCGUGGCUCGUACCAGUGCCUCUGCCGCGGGGGAUUCUACUCGCUGCGGCAUCCAGACGGAUUCAAUGGCACCAUCAUGGAGAUUGCCUGGCAGGAGCAGCAGGACAACAUAAGCAAUUACUAUUCCGAGGUCUUCAAGUGUUUGCCCUGCGCCCCCGGCUGCGACACGUGCACGGGUCCGGAGCCAUGUUUGGCCAACUACCACUGGCCAUUCAGAAUAUCGCUGUUGACCAUAUCCAUUGGCUGUGCCUGCGGCACCUUCGUUCUCGCCGGCUAUCUCUUCCGGCAUCGUCGCGUGAAGGUCUUCAAGGUGGCCAGCCCCAUCUUUCUGAUGAUCACGCUCAUCGGCUGCGCCAUCAUGUAUCUGGAGAUGGUAGCUAUCUUUCCCUAUCUGGAUACCACUUGGUGUAUUGCCACUAAAUGGACGCGGCAUAUGGGUUUUUGUAUCACCUACACUUCUCUGCUUAUGAAAACCUGGCGGGUUUCUCUAACGUAUCGCGUCAAGUCGGCCCACAAAAUAAAACUGAAUGAUCAGCAGCUUUUGCAGUGGAUGGUGCCCAUUCUGUUGGUUAUGCUGAUCUACUUGGGCACAUGGACGAUUUCGGCAACGCCAACAGCAGAAGUGAUCUUAGACCAGAGUCAGUUGAAGUUCAAGCAGUGCUCGUACAACUGGUGGGAUCACAGUUUGGCCAUCGGAGAAGUGUUCUUCCUGGCCUGGGGCAUCCGGGUGUGCUACAAUGUGCGGAAUGCGGAGAGUCUGUACAACGAGGCCCGGCUCAUCUCCUACGCCAUCUACAACAUAGCCCUCGUCAAUAUUGCUAUGGUGGUGUUCCAUGUAAUGCUCUUUCCGAACGCCGGACCCGAUUAUAAGUAUAUGCUGGGAUUUGUGCGCACCCAGCUUUCCACGACCACCACCAUUGCCCUCGUGUUCGGUUCAAAGAUAUUGCGUGUCUUUAAGGGCCAGGGCGACAAGUGGGAUCAGAAGGCCAAGGUGCGGAGCAUAACAGCUUCAUUCUCGCUAAAUGGAGUGGGUCUGGUCCCGGAGGAGUCGCCUGAUCUCUACCAGGAGAACGAAGAACUCAAAGAACAAGUCCAGAAGCUGGCCCACCAAAUCGAGUUCAUGAAGACUGUGCACAUGCAGAUGAACAACAGGCAUCUGAAGCCAAAGCCGGGCGGAUAUUUUACCAUAACUUCAACCUCGUUUCAAGCGCCAUAUAGCAAAAACACGGUUUCCACAGCGCAGACGCAAACGGGCAAGGAUGAGAACAGCACGCCAACGAAAUUAAAAUCGCCCAAAGGCAAAGUCUGACGGGGUCAACGAAGUGUUAAAGAUUGCUCAAUAGAAAUCGAUAGGGGGCAGGGCAGAACCACCCUGGUGGACGAUGCCAUUGAGUUUAAUUUCCACCUAGCGGAUACGGAGGAGGGGAUGAUUGUCCAGGAAGACGAGCGCCCAGAACAAGAUAAGGAGGAGGCGGCCUUGAUCGCACAGUUUCGCCGCCUCUUUGCGCCCAUUUUGGAUGACAACUUGAAUCUGUAUUACCAACUCAACGAUUUGGAUGACACGGAGCACGUGAGGAUUCAUCAAACGGUGGCCCAGAUGAACGAUCUGACCAGCAGCGAAGAGGAGACGAUGGUUACCCAGGUGAACAGUCCAUCGCCACCGCCGGUGUGUGUGGAGCUUCUGCUUCCAAUCUCCAGCGACAGUUCCACGGCCAGCAGUUCCCUGUACGCCAUCCACACUCCGUCUCCGGCUCAUCCUAGUGGUGUGCUCUUGGUGCCCCAGAAUUUGGAGUCACCGUUGCUGUCCGGCAGUGAUGCCAUCACAAUCACCGAGCAGGUGCAGCUGCAUAAUCCGCCACACCAUCUGCAGCUAUUCGAGGAUGAGAACAACACAUCCUGUUCGCUGUCAUCGAAUCUGACGGAUAGCAAGACCCUGGAUGGUCGCACCCCAAUCGUCGUCUGAUGGCUUCCAUCUCCAAUCCCGAUCUGCUUAACUUGUGAUUAUGUUUACACAGUCUUAGAGCUACAACAAACAGUUAGCGAAAAAUAAGCCGCUUAAUGUUUAAUAUAGUCUUAAAUAAUGUUUGUGUGCAUGUGUCUGUCAAAGUUGUUUGAAUAUUAAAGGCGUUUAUGCGGUAAGUCAAAUCAUUUCAAACAUCAUUUCAUUGCUUAUUGCUUAAACUAUUUUAAAUAAAGCUUCCAAUAUCUAUAGAAACCCAGAAAUUUUAGCAAAUAUCCCACCAAAUACAUUUUUAAAAUUUCUUAGAACUUUUAUGGAAUGUACUAACAUUUUAUUUGAUUAUCUAUUAUCUCAAAUGAAACAAUGAUUUUAAAUGAUUAUGAUAUAUAAAUUUAUCAAAUAUGUUUUCACAAAACUAUUUUAUUUGUCGAAAGUCUGUCUUAAUUCUUAAUUCUAACAUUCUCUCCCCCUCUGUUUAAUUUUAAAAACCUUCCAUGCUCUUAAACAUCCCAGCCGCAUAAACGCAGACUUCAUGUGUAUCCUUUUUAUUUUCGCUUUUUAGCCAUACACCCAAUCAUUAUCCCAUCAUCCAUGAUCUCCAUCGUUUUUGAAACAGCAGAAAAGUAUCAACAUUGAGCAAAUUUUUCUCACUUCGUUCGGAUCGACAGAAGGAUGUUGUAUAAAAGAAAGUAGGCAGCCAGUUGGUCUGAUGCGUCUCAUAGAGUCCAUCGGAGCCCCUAGGGACUUGGCAUUAAUAAAUCUCAUUUAGCACUCAUGCACCUAGCAAAAUGAAUUGUAUUUUCCUUGUUCUCGUUGCACCCAUUUAUAGGACAAAUAUUAUUUGCUUCGAAGUUAAAUUUACAUGAUUUUCAUGGUCAUAAUCUUUUACAAAAAAAAAACCUACAAAUAGGCUUAGCACAGAGUCGAUUUUAGUGUACAAGAUGAACAUAUAUACUGAUAUUAUAAAUGAGUAAAUUGACAUUUUAGCGUACUAGUUUAAGCUGAAAAAGUGUUAACAGACGCGCAAUUCUUCUUCGUAAAGUUGGGCAAUACGUAUAAUGAAAGGUAUUAAAAAACAGAAAACAAACACACACAUAUAACAUAACUGAAUCCGAAACAUUCAACUUUUAUUGAGUAAGUUAAAGUUAAAUUAUUAUAUUGUAAUGGAAACAAUAUGGCAAAAUCAAAAACAUCAAGAAUAAAUGUUAUACAAAUGAA